UAACAAAUAAGGUGAAGCAUUAUUUUAGUGGUUUUAGGUCUGAGACAAAAUACAACACCUCUUGUUUGCAGCGUCCAAUGUUGUUUCUCUCAUGAACACACCGAAGUCAGAAUAACGACUUCCCAACUCCCGAGGAGCACAUGAAUGCAGCAUUACACUAAACGACCUGUUUAACUGGGCAAACCACUCCCCAAUGAUUCACACUGGUACAUUUUUUACAGAAACUCAAAUUACACGAUUAUGUUACGAAACCGAUGUUAGUAACCCUUGACACCCAACGUACGCCUGUAUCUCCGGUAGGCAUUGUUUCUUUUUGUUAACUAGCUAUAUAAGUGUUUUUGUGGCUUUUUUUAAGCUAGCCACAGAAGACACCUCGCUUAGCGUGAAGGUUAGCUUGCUGCUCAAACCUCUGAGCUCGAUGUUUUCUAAUGGAGGAUUUGUACAGUUGGUAGUCAAGAAGGUUUACGAGUGGACAAGGACAGAGCAGAGGAGAUACACGCUUGGUUUCUUCGCCAUGGGAAACACCUGCAGUAAUAACCUCGGGAUCCCGCCAGCCAAGGGCCCCAAUACUGUGGGAUGUACUGACUUUAUGAUGGACCACUCAGCACAGGGCACCUUCUUCCGCCUUUACUAUCCUUGCCAAGAGAUUGAAAAAGCUGAGAAACCAGACUGGGUCCCGUGCAGAGAGUAUUUUAAUGGUCUGGCGGACUUCAUGAAAAUCAACAGGACUCUCAGUGAAAAGAUUUUCAACUACCUCUUUGGGUCCUUUAAGAUCCCAGCCUGCUUGGACGCUCCAUUUAAAUCAAAUGGAAAAUGUCCAGUAGUUAUCUUCUCCCACGGUUUAGGAGCCUUUAGGACUUUGUACUCAGCCAUAUGUUCAGAACUGGCCUCUCAGGGCUUCAUCGUGGCCUCAGUGGAACACAGAGACCUGUCCGCCUCAGCUACAUAUUUUUUUCGUGAGAAGACGGAGUCGGAGAAGGCCGAUAAGAAUUCGCCUAAACCGUCUGCCUCAGACACAGACGGAAUGGUGAAGGAGUGGAUGUAUUACAGGCCUCUGCAGCACGGAGAGAACGAAUUCGCCCUCAGAAAUAAGCAAGUGAAGCAGAGAGCAGAUGAAUGCAUUAUGGCUCUGGAUAAACUGACUGAGAUCAACUCAGGGACACCAGUGCAAAAUGUUUUGCAAAAACAGUUUGACUGGAUGACGCUGAAGAACUCCAUGGAUCUGUCCAGGGUAGCGGCGAUAGGGCAUUCCUUCGGGGGAGCGACGGUGAUCGAAGCCCUGAGCAAAGACGUUAAAUUCAAGUGUGGCGUAGCGCUGGACGCCUGGAUGUUCCCUUUAGAGGACGAGACCUUUCCUCGAGUGAAACAGCCAAUCCUCUUCAUCAACUCAGAGAAGUUCCAGUGGGCGGGGAACAUCACCCGCAUGAAGAAGCUGGACUCAGCUGUGAUACAGAGGAAAAUGAUCACUAUUCGAGGUACAGUCCACCAGAGUUUCCCGGACUUCACCUUCCUCACGGGUAACUGGAUCGGAAAGCUGAUGAAGCUGAAGGGGGAGAUCGACCCAGAGCUCGCCAUAGACCUCUCCAACAAAGCAACACUAGCCUUUCUGCAGCAGCAUCUCGGUCUGGAAAAAACCUUCAAUCAGUGGGACGCUCUGAUUGAUGGGCAGGAUGAGAACCUCAUUCCAGGAUCUAACAUCAUUGUGCUUCAGUCUGCCAUCUGAGCUACACCCGAGCCUCAUACACUGCUGAAAUACCUGGGACUUCCUGAACGAUUUCGCCCGUGUACAUUGGAGUCGGUGGAACAGUCCAAAAAAAAUGCCAGACAGACCUACUUAGUAUUUUAAGCAAAUAUUGUUUAAAAUGGACUGAGGAUAAUUUUGGAGAAUGGUGUUUUUGUUCUGCAUUUCUCCACUGAAGAGCCAAGAUAGAGAAUGAAUCUCUACCUCGUCAGCAGGAAAAACGUUUUUCUUGGGAGACAAAACACACAAUCGGUGUACCAAUGUUUGUUUCACGAGGCCUGAAUGUUGCAUACGAGCAGCUGAAGACAUUUUUACUAUUACCAGAAAUUUCUCAAGAGAAAUUCUUUUAAUCAUAAGAUAGAUUUAUUUUUAGUGUGUAAAUAAAAUGUUAUUCUACAGAAAUACUGUAUGUCUCUGAAAUGACCUUCCAGCAGAGACGAGCUACACUAUGAUGAUUGCAGUGUGAUUAUGGGAUAAGGCCUAUAAUGAGAAUCAUAUCCAAAAAAAAAAAUGGGCUUAGAGUUGGAUAUUGUUUAAACAUUUGGUCUUAUAUGAUCUUAAAUUAUUAAGCUGGUUAAUGUGUCCUUCCUGUUUCAACAGAAAGCAGCUAAACAAGGAAAUGAUAAUCAUCAAGAAAAUAUAUUUUAGACUAAACACUACGAGAUCAAAUAAUGAUGCAUCAAGAUAGUUUGUGCCUUCACUCAUAGUCCUGUUCAUCCUGGGUCGACAAAAUGUAACAGCCUUCUACUUUUAUACACUCACUGUCUGAAAUACCUGCAUUUGUACACAAGAGAAAUCCAAUAAAUCUGGUUUGUAUACAAAUAUGUGCAGCCUUGUGUUUUGUA